CUAACGUAGCAUCAUUCAACUCAGACGCGCAUCGCGUUAAUGAUUGUUUUUCUUGAUCCUGGAUUUUUGACGUGAACGGCACAGAAAGAUAAAUGGCGGCUUUUUAACUAUAUUAUUAAUCUCUGGUAUUCGCGAAUCAGACCCCAAAGAUUUUGUUCUUUCUCUUGUCUCAGGGUGCUGCUCCUGAGUUCUCUCAACCUCGCAUCUCACGCUAAAAGCCUUCCAAGGAUACAACAUCAGGCACGGAAGCAGUUUUUGUCCACACGCCCAAAAGGAGAAAAUAUCCUUUCGCCAUCUCGCCGCGAUUCUCAUACCACGCUGUGUGCACCAUUCUGAGGCCGUAUCUUAGCCAAGAUUCGUUGCCAAAACAUAAUCUUCGACGGUCACCGUUGAUUAGCCAGCCAGUAUGGCUAUCGCCGAUGAUAAUGCCUUUGAGCUACCCAAGCUUCGUUCCUCGUUCUCGCUAGAAAACGAUACAGAGUUUCUCGAGAAUGACAACGUUGCUGAGUUCUUCGAUGUCAAGUUCUGUCCUUAUCAGCCGCUUGAUGCACAACCUGUCUUUGCCGCUAUCAGCAAAAAACAUGUGGUUAUCUGUACCCUAUCUCAAACAGCUGACAACAACCCAUGUGAGGUCCUCUCGGUGAUCAGAGAUGAUGAUGAGGAGGCUUCCGCAUGCUGUUGUACUUGGACAAAAGAUCCCGUAACAGGCGCCCCCUACCUAUGCAUUGGUGGAGUCGAUGCCAAAGUCAAGAUCUAUGAUGUUGUGAACGGGAAACUAUACAGGUGCCUGACUGGCCAUGGAGGUGAUGUCAAUGAUCUAGCAACUUCGCCUGCAGACCCGUCUAUUAUCGCCUCCGCUUCUGGUGACACGAGUAUUCGUGUCUGGAGUCUUGACCCAGUCCACGCAAACCGGCCCUGCUUGGUUAUCCUUGCCGGCGAAGGCCAUUCAUGGGAUCUUCUGAGCUUGGCUUUUCAUGACACUGGCCGGUACAUUCUGUCUGCUGGACAUGACCAGAUUAUCAACCUGUGGACACUCCCAGAUCUCCCCACUCAGGCCAUCACAACCCCUGUCCGUGUCCAUUAUCCUCACUUUUCGACCUCAGCAGUCCACAGUGGUAUCAUUGAUUGCGUGGCUUUUUACGGUGACUAUAUCCUGUCCAGGGCAUGCCAUGACAAUGUUAUCUCACUUUGGAGAAUAGAGGGUUUUUCUUCUGCAAAUCCUCCCCCUCCCCAGAGCGUGGCACCGACGGCUCAGACAACCGUUCCAACCAAUUAUGACGAGGCGAGCCGUCUCACACGUUCAGCGUUUGUCCCAACGAUGUCUCCCCAAUGCCCUUCUCAGUAUACCAUGCUACUCCAGUUCCACACCCCCAACUGUGGCCCGCAGUUCUUCAUGCGUUUCAAGCUACAUUUUGUGCCGGACCAGCAUCCAGUUUUAGCAUUUUGCAAUGCAGGUGGGAAUGUUUUCUUCUGGGAUUUUGAACGUUUGCUAGCAUACAGAGAGUUCAUGGAAGUGCUCAAGGACCCCAAUAGGGACAGGAGUAAGCCAGUUCCCCAUCCAAGUUGGAUGCGGCUUGUGAAGGGUCGACCCCCCAAGACGGACUCUAAUAAAGGCCGGAGCGGAGGCGCUGACAAGGACAUUCCGAGCGCCUUCCGAGCAGACGCAAUCAGGCUGAGCGAAGAGAUUGGUGACUAUAACGCGGAGACCUUAGAGACGUGGGCGUCGAGGUACAGCCAAGAGGAUCCUCAUGAGCCAUUGAAGGCACAUAAGACCGAGUCUUCAUCUGCCAAUUUUGUGGGUCGACAGGCAGCUUGGAGUCCCGGAGGAGAGUGGUGUGUCGUGGUGGGAAGCUCGAAUCAGGCAUUGAUCCUUCAGCGCUGGGCUAACAAAGGGUCAGCAUCAAGAGCAUCUGCCUCCGCGUCCGCCUCUGUGUCUGUAUCUGCCCCUCCGUCCGCUCCCCCAUUUGCCCUUAUUCAAAACGGCACGAGUUAGUAUGACGGCCGAAGGAUACGUUGACCGUCAACAAGACUAGAGACCCCUAAUCGGUAGACUUGAGUAUAGUGGAAUAGAAGUAUCUCCCUCGACAUCACCUGAAGGGUUCAAAGCUUUCCAUGCAGCUUUGUCCAACUCGCCUCCAU